ACCAUAGAGCCGAGCGCCAGAGCGGCCGACUCAGCUGGAGGCUAGAGCGACCCUGGAGAUUGCGUUGGCGUGCUGGUUUCCAGGCAACUGUAGUAAACAGACAGUGCGCGGCGCCCAGCGCGGCCGGAGGCCCAGGCACUGAAUGGCUCAGCUGCAACUGGCUGUGUGUCCACCUGUGGAUUCUAUGGUGGCAGCUCCCAGUCUUCCAUUAACAGGGCAGAAGAGAUACCAUCCCAAGGCCCUUGGGCACCAGUCCCGGCUAGAACACCUGAAGAACAACUUCCAGCAGCAGCUCUUGCGUGACAAGGAGGAGAAACUGAAGGAUCUUUGCAUCUGCAAAAGCCGGAGUUAUUCCUGCUCUCUCUCUUCUGGGAGCAGCCAGCAGGACUCUGGACAGGGAGGCUUCUACUCUGCUGGACCCCAUAGCAGGUAUCUCACCAGCCAGACCAGUACUUUGCCCUCCAAGUGGGCAGCCAGACGGAGAGAAGGGGUGGACCGCUCCUACCCUCUGAAACCAGUCUUUCACCGCAAAGCUGAGAGCGUUCCAGUGGUCAGCACAAGUCAGCUCAGGAGCUCGCCACCCAUGGCUGAAUCUCCCAGCAAUAGUUCUAGCUCAAAGAAGAGAGGGAAGUUGCCAGCAGCCAGGGCCCAGCCAGCUGUAUUGCCAUCUUCUUUGGCAGCAGAGCAGCGUAAGCAGUCAGCCACCCAUCCAAGCAGGGCAGAGUUGGGUUACAUCCAAAGGCUGGAGGCAGCUGGGCAGAGCCUGGAGGAGGAGAUCCGGAGGAAAGAGGCCCUCCUCAGAGAGAAGCUGAGGAGAACAGAGGAGGAACUCAGGAGGAUCCAGAGAGAGAAGCAGCAGGUGGAGGUGGAAGAGAGAAAGGAGAGAGAGGGUCUGAGGAUGCAAGAGAAGAAAGCAGCAGGGCUUUCUGGGGGGAACAUUUUCAGGGCUACAGCCAGGCCCAGUGAGGGGGACUGUGGUUGGGAGCAGUCUCCAGAGGGUGCCAUGCCCAUGCCAAACAAUACCCACCUUCCCUAUGUGCAGGGCAUAGAGAGACUCAAGAGGGGGCGGCUGGUGGCCAGCAACAGCAAAAUUCAAGAGCACAUGGCUUUGGAGAGCAUGGCCUCCUGUUCAAAGUUGGUCAUGAAACACAGCCAGGGUCCACCUGCAGCAGCCCCCUCAGAACAAGACCCUGCAGCAGAAAUGUUGCAUUCACAGGAUCCCAUUGGCAGGGAGCAGGGGGAGCUAGGAGAAUGUGGCUUCUGUGGGCGUCGGUUUCUCCAUCUCCGGCUGGAGAAGCACAUGAAUGUUUGCAGCAAGAGCCAAGGCUCCAAGAGGAAAGUAUUUGACUCAAGCAUGGCGAGAGCCAGGGGAACCGAGCUGGAGCAAUAUCAGCACUGGAAGGGCAAAAACCCCACCCAGAAUGAGCCACCCAAGAACAACUGGAGACAAAAGCAUGAGUCUUUCAUCCGGACCCUGCGCCAGGCCCGUGAGAUACAGCAUGUGAUCUCCAAAGGGGGGAAGCUCUCAGACCUGCCCCCACUGCCCCCUGUAGAGAACCCAGACUAUAUCUCCUGCCCCCACUGCAACCGCCGCUUUGCACCCAAGGUGGCUGAGAGGCAUAUUCCCAAGUGCAAGACCAUCAAGAACCGACCCCCGCCACCACCACAAAGGAGACGUUAAGGAUGACACACUGCAGUGAAUCCCAGCUCUCUCUCUCUCAAACUGUCUAGAGGAAGCUUUGUGUCCUCACCAUCCCCCAAGCAGGCUGCUAACUUUUGAGAUAUUCCCCUGUAAAGUGAGUAAGGAGCUCAGGCCCCAUGAACAGAACACUAAAGUGCUUGUACUUUGAGCUGCAGCCAGUGGUUCCUGAGUGUUUGCAGAUAGGUCCGGGAGAGUUUAGGCCACUACCCUACUGCUGCUGGUUCCCAUCUCUUCCCCUUCUACAGCUCUUCACAAGGAGUUCAAGUUCUCUUGCUUGAAGAGAUUGCUGGGUCUUGGUGUGAGUGGGAGGAGAUUACCAUGAUGUCCCUUGUGUAAGGAAUGGGGUUGUUGGUGGGACAGCAGCAAGGGAAGAACCACCAUGGGUGGCUGGUCCUCAGAAUCAUGAUUAGCUGCUAUGGUCAGGUGGUGGGGAUGGAAGGCUGAGGGCUCUUUCCUCUGACAUGUAGUAGUACAGUGUGGGGCAGAGGUCAUCCAGAGCUCACAGAUGGAAAGAAGCCCUUUAGUUAAGCACCAACAAUGUGCUCAGCCUCGAAACAGCCACACAAAAAUACCCCUAUGCUGCUGAGAUCAAACUGAUAUUUGUAUGUUAGUGCCCUGACUGUGCUGAAGGAAGCACCUGUCUGCAGAACAGCUGGGGAGUGGGCUAGAAUUCUACUGCUGUUUAGCUGCAGAUGCUGGCACACGAAAGCCCCCAAAGAUCAAUUCUCCAGCUUCAUCUGCCAAGCCUAUGUGUGGCGAUCUCUGGGAAGAGGGGGUGGGAGGGAGUUCUCAGCUCCUGCAGUGAGAGGCCUUGUGUGGGAUGAUACAGUAGUUUGGAUAAGUCAGGAAAGGUGGUUUCUUUGCAGAGAGAGGGAAGAUAAGACAUUAGCAUGUUAGAACAAUGUACAAACUACAGCUUUCCUUCCCUCUGUUUCUAACAGCCCCUGGAGGCAGAAUCCAGAACUGCUUCCCUCUUGCAGCUGCCUUUUUGUGCUCAGUCCUGUUUAUUUUCUGCAUUGGUUUUGAGCUGAACAAUGAAAACGGAGCAGGCAGGCUCAUUCCAUGCUUCUCCUGCAAUAGCCCACGGGAGGAUUUAUUUAACUUGUUUCCACAGGAAUUCAUGAAAAUCCUGGGACUGUUUCUAUUGGACUUUGGGUCAGUAACAUUUUGCUUUUCAACAUCCAAAAACCUUAAUUUUGGGCCAUGUUUGACAUAGCAUCUCUUUCAUCAGAAGAGCAGAUUGGGGCGGAGGACCCAUAAAAUGCUGCUUCAGCACAAGAAUUCCUUGGGGCAGAAGGCUUGCAGAGGGGCCUCAUAGUAGCAGAGAAGCUAUGCACGACCAGCCACUUAUUGAGUAUUUGGAGAGGCACCUUUCAGCCCAAGUUCCAGCAUCAGUUCCAGCAUCAACUGUGGAAUGGUAAAGACUCCUAGAGCUGGGUCAGGGCCUUUAGGCAACAGGGUGACUGUUACAAAGGGAUUACUUACCAGGUGCACAAACUUGGACUCAGAUGCAAGGUUCUUUCCAGCCUCAGUUUUCCAUGGAGAGCAUUCAGGCUGGCAGAUGUCUUUAGGCCCCAUGUAAGUAGCAGGUUGUUCAAUACUAACGAAGUCCUAGCAGGUGGGUCACAAGCAGUGUAGGGAUACCAGUAGAAGAACAAGUAAUUCACGAGAGGAGAAAAUGAACAAAAAAAGCCCAGUAGCUUUUUCUUCAAGGCCCAUGGUGAUCCUGCCCCAACUCAGCACAGCCUGGGGAAGAUACACGGGCCAGAUUUAACUAGGCUUAGUCAGAGGCUGGAUAUGUGGAAAUAGUCCUUGAUUGUGAGGUGUGUAAUAGUCUCCCAAGGAAGUAGGAGACCUGUCCCCAAGAUAAGUGAGCAAAGCCCCCUCCCUUGGGACACUAUGGUAGUUCUCAAAGACCCCAAUUAGGGUUAAAGCUGCAUGGUGCUGGGCACUGUACAAGUAUUGAAGAGCUUACAGCCUAGGAAGAAAUAUUAAAAUCCAGACAUGGGGUCUGAAAUGGGUUCAACAUACAUGCAGAGUGAUCAUGGGAGGCUGGGCACAUGGCUUAGUAACUCCAUUUCUGCUUUUAUUAUUAUGGGAUAGCAGUGAGGUCACAGGAAGGCAGGAGAGGAGUAAAUAGCAAGAAAAUGGGAAAGGGGGGAGAGUGGAAAUUCAUCUGAACUGAUGGAUAAAUGAAUGUUUAAAAUGAACUAAACAUGAAACGAGUUUAAGAAAAUCAGUACAGUAAGCCCUGUGAUGUGUUUAUAUUAAAUCCAAUUUUACACCGUCCUCACCCUGUUCUCAAUGUGCCAAAGGCUGUUGGUGUCAGCAAUGCUGAUCUGCAUCACAGAAGUCAGCAGGGGAAGUUGGUGAGGACAAUGGAGCUUUUAACUCUUGGGAAGUUGUGGGAGGCAGUUGGGAUUAUGGGAUAAACACAUUCACUGCAAAUUUCUGCUAAAAUAAUGAGCAGAUUAAAUAGCUAAUGUUGACACUGAAGUUGUAAGCCAAAUUGUCUGCUGGGGUUUCACUACUGAAGUCAAUGAAAUUAUGCCAGGAGAUAAUUGGCUUGCCAUCUUUAUGUUUCAGAGUCAACAAUGGGCAGUUCACUGCUCUUGUUGAGCUAUUGUUUCAGUUCAUCUGCAGACUCAGGCAGGCACACCGACACCACAGAAUACAGGAGGCCCUGAUUAAAACCUCCAGAGAAGUAAGGGAGAAUCAGAGUUUUUAUGUUCUCUGUUUGUACAGCACCCAGCACAAUGGGACCUUGAUCCAUGACUGAUGCUCUGGUAAUGCAAAUAUAUCAUCAGAACAGGCAGCAGUGCCGCUUAUUAAAACUGCUGAAUAGGUGACUGAGGGAGACUUUUAACACUCCAGUAAAAGCUGUUCUAAGAGAACCAGGAUUUUGUUCCGUUGGAGCCCAUCUCUUCCUGCUGCUCAUACCCCACAUGGUACCACUGGAGCUGUGGUAAAACGGUAUCCUCAUCAGGAAAAGAAGCAGCAUCAAGAGAUCAGGUCUUUCGUGGAACACACAGCCUCUUUUCAUGUAGAUGUCCCUCGUAAUGCAAAACUUGCCACUUUUUCACAGCAAUAAACCUUCCCCUAAGCUGAGUGCGUGCACACUUUCCCCACACCUCUUGGUGAAAUGAGAACACAGGAGACCCUGCUCCAACAGGAACCUGCCCUGAGUCGAGAUUCUGCCUGGA